UGGGGAAGAGGAAUAUGGAGGACGUGCUUCAUCAGUUUGGAGGAGACAAUCUAAAUAACUCGGGAAAAAAGGUACUUUCACAUGGUUUAGUAGCUUGUAUGCGAUAAAUAAUAACUAAAAGUAUCUUUAUAAUCCAUCAGGUGUAAGAUUUCAAUCAAUGUCAAAAUACUUGCGUGCCCCGGUCGCUGCCAUAAUGGUAGCGUGUCAUAAUCAUUCAACUUGAACCUUGGUGUUAUAAUUCAACUUAAGUUUACCUCGCAUAGGUGGUAAUUACAAUCCUCGGGAGAGAAGCGAAGUGUGAUGAUUGUGGACUGAUGGAAAGUAAAGAAAACGUAAAGAAAUGAUUGGCUGAAAGAGUUACCAAAGUGCGCCCUUUACGUGACUGUAAUUACAUGAAAUACUUGGAUGCAGUGUCAUGCUAUUUAAGCUUUAAAACUUACAAUGUAGAGCUUUGUAAGGAUAGCAACUGCGAUACUCCAUGGAUCAGGGAAUCUGGUACCCCUGUUAAGUGUCAGAAUUUGUACUGGAUUGAGGGAAAAGUUGGGUGAGGAUGAGGUGAUUGAAGAACCACAUUAAAAAUCCUCCUGUACUUUUAUUAAAUUUGACUAAUUACAGGUGAGAAGUAUUACAAGGAGUACAAGUGCUGGCAUAAGAACUGGAAAAUGUUCUUGAUAAGAGAGCUACUGAUCUUGUAUUAUGAAAUAACAAUCAGGCUGAGAAAAAUUGCUUGUAGAGACUUCACUCAUUCAGAAAAUCAAAGUGUGUUUUAACCGAUGAGUCAAAGUAUUGGUGUGUUGUGACAUUUCUUUAUGGUUGUUCUGUUAACAGCCAUCGUUGCAGACUGGAAAUAAUUCUCACCUUCUCUAACUCAUCUCAUUUCAAGCAUUUUUACUAUUAAUUUUGGAGGUUAAAAUGUUUCAAAACACAUCCACAGCUACACCCAAGCCUAGGAACUCUGGAUUUCAAGUGAUGGGAAUGAUCGAAUGGGGGCAAAAAUGAAAACCCCAAAAAAUCCCUAGAGCUUCCAACAAAACCCCAAAUAAUCCCUGGACCGAAAACUAAACCCCCCCAAAAAUUUCCAAGCCUUAAAAAUUUACAGAAAGCAGUAAAUGAUAUUACACAAAAAGUUUGGUUGUACUUUAUUUGCAAAACUAUGCAUGGAUAUCAGAUUGUUUUGAAUACCCCAAAAAAUCCCUUCUUGAAUCAAGCUACCCCAAAAAAUGCUUGCCAAAUGUUCCUACCCAAAGAAAUCUCAGAAUUGAAAAUUACAAACACAAAAAAACGCUUUGAUCAUCCCUGUCUCUUGAAAUCCAGAAAACCCUCCCUGGGCAGCUACAUCAAACUGCACAUUCAACUCCACCAUUUGAAAUCUGCUCUAUGAAACAUAAUUUAUGCUGCCUCUCCGUUAGGGCAGACAAUGAUCUGAACGGUGGAAAUUGACAAUAGCAAACCAUGCGUCUAGGCAUCUUUUUCAGGGAAAGGGCGCGAGCUCAUUUCCCAAAUAGUGGCUGAUAAUUGAGCCUAGCAUAAUCUCUGUUCACUCAGCUUUGCUGUUUCAUGGUCAAACUUGCAGGACUCUGAUAUGAUGAGCAAACCAUACCCAACACAACCAGACCUUCCUCAUAGUCAGUAUAAUCCAACAGCAUAUCAACAGCCUGAUUACAGCCAGUUUGAUCUGGUGAGAGCCACGCAGUAUGGCAUCUUUGACAGGUGCCGUGAAUUGAUUGAGAAAGAGGGUGUUGAUGUCGAUACACUGGACAAGGAAAAUGUUUCAGCUCUACACUGGGCAGCAAUCAACAACAGAAUAAGGAUAGCUGAGUAAGCACUUAUCUUAAGUUGGUGUUUAUGUAAUCAUCCUCUCAACUUGUUCCUUGUCUGUUAGUUUUUCUAAUUUCGUAAAAAAAAAUUGUCACUAUUGAAAGAAAUUUCAGUCAGACAGGGACAGGCAUUGUUUUCUUUUUUUUGUGUUUAUACAUGAUAUAUACUGGUUUCCAAACAAUAAUCAGGCAAUCACUGUUGAGCUUAUGGGUGAACAACUUUUUCACUUCUUAUGUUCUUAGAUAGCACUUCUCCUGGAGAUGUUGUUCGCAAUAAGAACUAGUUGAACUGUCCAACAAUAACCUGUGUUUUGAUCAACAAAAUUUCACUAUUCUGGUUAAUAAUUUGGUAAUCCUAGAUUGAAAUCAACAAAUCUAGAUUGAAAUCCAUCUAACUGUAGUUUUUGACUUCUUAGAAACCAACAACAAUAAUGAUGAUAAUAGUGAUUAAUAAUAAAUACUUAUUCUCUCCCCUUUUAAGGGGCUUUGUAAGAAUAAGUUUUCCUUUUAAAUUACCAACUAAAGAAUAAAUCCAGCUCCGGUAAGAGGGAACUUGAACCCAGGAUGCUCCCACUGGGCCCUGCAUCCUGUACUUAAAACUCUGCAUUUAUUGACAGACCUACUUCUACUUCUUCUUCCCUUCAGGUACUUUGUGUCAAAAGGCCCUACUGUAGAUCAGAAGGGAGGCAUAUUAAAUGCCACACCAUUACACUGGGCUGUCAGGUAAGAAUCUAGUUACCUGAAAACACUUUUUAUGUUAAAAAUGUUGUUACACUUUUUACUGCCAUGAUUCAGUUAACCCUUGAAGCUCCAAUAUUCACAUACAAAUUUUCCAGUCUGAUCUCCAUAUUUUGCCCAACAGAAUUAGUUGAGAUGACCUUUGAUGAUCACUUCAUUGAUUCUCAUAAUCUUUUCCCUUGAUUUGUAUUGAUAUUGUCGUGAGAAAGUUGGUUUGGGUCAUUCUUGGGACAAAAAGGCUAAAAACCAGUUUGGUCAUAGCAUUUGCUGACAUUUUUUCGUGUGGGCUUGUUUAAAUGUGGCUAAAUGGAAUUUAGGCUAAGUUAAACACAAAGCAAUGCUGGCCAGCGGUUUCUCCCAGGGCUGGUGUGUUGGGGGGCCGGGGGUUGCCUGCAGGGGUUUCACAUUUUUUACAGCAUGGCUUUGGAUGUCAAGUCAUUUUGCAUUUGUGUCGCGCUAUUGGGCAGUUUUUUCGCUAGUUUUUUUUUUUACCCCCAGCCCUCCCAUCCCUCUUGGCUUGGUAAGUAUGUGGUAAGUAUCUUAGUUUCCACUGUUUUGGUGGUUGCAGCUGACAGGGUUGUCAUGGAUACCCUACGUGCUAGGCUCGGUUUGAUUUGUGGCUUCACCUUCCUUUCAGGCACCAUUCCCGAAGCUCAUCUAUUUUUCAUGGGUUUAAUGUUCUUUACCAACUUUUUUUUUCUAUUAAUUUGCAGGCAAGGUCAUCUUGAAAUGGUUGUGUACCUCAUGAAACAGGGUGCAGAUCCUGCUUCACUUGAUAUUGAAGGUAGUGUCACUUUGGAACUCUCCUUAAAGAUGUGUAUUGCAGUGUGAACACUAAAACUAGGACACAUGGAAGAAGAUUGUCUAAUCACAAUGUUUUCUGAAAACAAAAGAUUCUGAAGUUUUUUUUUCAAACAGACCAAUAAAAUUCAAGGUUCAACUAAGCAACCAUUGAAGACCGUUUGAACUUACCUGAUCUCUCAGGAAACAGCACUCAAAUAAUGAAUGUUGUUGGUCCUUUUGCACAAAAAAAACUUGUGAAUGUUUUGUUAUUAGAAAAUGUUGUGAUUGGACAAUCUUUUUUUAAGUGUCAGCACCGUAAAAGUACUAAGAUAUCUUUAGUUAAUAUUUUGUUGCUGAAUACAUUUUGGUAAACAUCUCCUAAAAAAUCCUGAAUGUUUUGAAAAUAAAUCAUAAUCAGUAUUUAUUAUUGUUGUUCAUGAUGGAUGGGGCAGAAGAUUUUUUUUCUAGUCACAAAUUUGGAGAGUAAUCUCCAGAAAUUGUUCCCCAAAGUAGAAAUUUUAGCUCAUUGCCACCUUUAUCAGGCACUGUUUCAUGCCCUUCAACAGUGUGUCAUCAACACCAGGAAAGUUUAAAACUCUGGCUUUGUUUUCUAUUAAUUUCCUUUGCGUACUUACUUUUCACCCUGUUCUGCACUUGGAGAGAAGGAAUUGACAAAGAUGAUGACCUAAAAAGUAACAACUGUGUCGUUAUACAGGCAAAUGUGUUAAAGCAAUGAUUCACAAAUUACUUUUGUAAUAUCUCAUUCAAUUAUUCAAUUGUCUUAAUAGGUUGUAGUUGUUUGCAUGUUGCUGUUCAACAUAGUCAGAUGGGAGUAGUUGCAUAUUUAAUUUCAAAAGGAAUGGUAUGUAUUCCCUUAGUGAAAUACUGUAGCCUUAACAGUGUUUUUCUUGAGCAAAUGGGUCAAAGAAGUAAAGGCACAGUGUAUAUGUACAACCCUUGUCAAAACAUCUUGGGACACUUGAGGAAAUUAGGCACAAAGAUGCACUUUGCUAAAUUAACUCAUAUUCUACCUCUUAAAAAAGCUUUGGGAUGUUAUAAGGGGCUAUUUCUACUGUCCCCCUCUCUCCCAAGCAGUGUUGAUUGUGUUGAAUUAAAACUUGAAUGUAUAACUUCAACAUUGCACCGAUGAGGGGAGGGAAGAUGCCUCAAUUUGACAAGCUAUUGCGUUAGUGUCCCAAGAGUUUUGACCAGGGUUGUAGUUGUGGGGUAUUGAACACAAUAGGAACUGUGAAGACAUCUUAACCAUAUAUUUGUGUGUCGGUGGAACAAUAUGAGACAACAGCUUUGGUUUGUUUCAGGAUGUUGAUCAGCUUGACAGAAAUGGCAUGUCACCGCUAAUGUGGGCAGCUUACAGAUGUUUUGGGUGAGUAGAGUACAGUCAAACCUCUCUGUGUGACCACCUCUCAUUAGCAACCAGCUAUCCAAACACCAAAAUUUUUUCCAGUCAAAGCCCUAUAGUUUAGAAGCUCUCUUAAGUGACUGCAACCAUGUAGGGCUGAUGGUUUUACAAUUUUCUAUUGUUUUAACCUCUUGUAAGCAGCCACUUGACUCAUGGCCUUAUCUGUUUGAUCGCUGGGUGUACUACACUACUCAUGAUCAGAGUAUGUCAAGAACUUUUAGUGAGAACAUGGAACUAUACAUAUCGCAACUUAGAAAUUGCAUGCAAUUACUCUUUCUUUUGGGAUCUCCUCUUGAAAGGGAACCCCUAUGGACCUAUACUCGGAAACAACCACUAACUCUUCACAUUUUGGUGGUUACUACAGGAACCUCAACUGUUUAAUUGAUUUAUACUACUGCAUGAGAAAUUUCUGCAAUUUGAUUGGCUCAGAGCAGUCGUAUUUCAGCUAAAUUUGAAAUACCUACAUGUGAAAAUUACAAACCUUUUGUGGGUAGUAGUACAAACAAAUAAUACCAUGAUUUGUAUGUGAUAUUUGGCAUAAAUACCACUUGCGAUAUUUCAAAAUUGUCUCGAAUUUCACUCGCCUAACUGCUCGUGAAAUUGCGUGUAACAAUUCCGAAAUAUCACUCAUGGUAUUUAUGCCUAAUAUUUCUACAAAUCAUGCUAUUACUUAUACUAAUUACCACUAAAAACUGCCAUGGUGAGUUGGGCUCCAUCUUUAAAUAUUAUUAUGAUUAUGAUUUUGAUGAUGAUUAUGGUGAUGGUGAUGAUGCAUAAAUAGAGGAUAUUACAUGGCCACGUGGAGAUAUGAAAUUUCUCUUCGAGUGUUGAAAAAUAUUUCACGAGUGAGCGCAGCGAACGAGUGAAAUAUUUUCAACCCAAGAAGAGAAAUUUCGUAUCUCCAAGCAGCCAUGUAAUGUUCUAUUAAUUAUAUAAACACCAAUGAAAUACCCAACCAUUUCACUGAAACAGUUUUAUCCUGCGAAAGGCGGGAUUUAUUAUGUAGCCAUAGCAACGGUAAUAUUUUUCACACGUGGAAAUAACAUGUUAUUUUCACGUGUGAAGAUAUCAUGUUUUCGUGCGAAAGCUCACCUGGUAUUUCAUUGGUGUUUAUAUAAUAAUAUGUGGUAUGUCACAGAAGGAAAGCAAUUGAUGAAGCCUUUGAAAUUUCUUUCAAUAAAACAGCUUUUCUGCAAGAAAAGAUUACACAAUGUUCUAAUUGGUUCCAAAAUCAAAACGUAGAAAGUUCACUAAAAGUGACUGAAAUCCAUUUAAAUAAACUGUCAAUCAGAAUUCAAUUAUAACUCAGUUCAAUGUAAAAUCAACAAAUAGUCAUGUAAGUUCCAAUAAAUUUGGCGGAAACCUUGGCAGAUUAGACCAAUGUAUCAAAUCCUACCACACCCUAAGAAAAAAAUUGCAGUGAGAAUUUAAUGACUGUGACAUGUAUUUGAAUCCUGUAGAUAAACCAUUCUUCUUAGUGCUCACCAAACAGUAGAAUGUUAUCAACAGUGAAAUCUCUAGACUAUAAGUUUGUCAUAACAUGCAAGUACUUAACCACGGAGACAUACAUGUACAGCAGAUUCAAGGAUGAUAGGCCACUAAAACUAUAAUGAAACGCUAAUUAAUCAAUAUCAUUGCUAUUAAAGAAGACAAGGAGAGAAAAUUGAUCUACAUUUACACAAACAGAUCAUUUACAGUUUUAGAGUAAUCCUUUUGCUGCUUUUUUUCCAAUUAUUUUAGGUUGGAGUUGACAAGAAUGCUUCUAACCAUGAAUGCUUCAGUUCCCCUGGCAGACAAAUUUCACAAAAAUACUGGUAAGACUCUCAGUAAAUUUUUUUAGUCUAGGUUGAUUCUCAGUUUCCUUUGUCUCCUGGGGCUAGAAAACUAAGGAAAUUGAAAUCAACCUAGGUUAAAUCAAAAUUAACCUGAAAUCAAGUUUUACCUUUUAUUUAUUUAUUUUUAUUUUAAAAAAGUGUAAAACAUCACACAUUUUAUUUAUAACAUAUACUAACUAUGAAAAUACUAUUUACAAUUAAUUCACUUUAAAAAAACUGUUUCGUCAAAACACUAUUUACAAUUCCCUUUGUUAAAAAAACACUUAGUUUUGAUUAGAAAAAAAAUUCAUUUCAUUAAAUAAAAAUUAUUCAAAUUAAGAACAUUUCAUUUCAAUUAAAACAAUUCAUUUUGAAUAAAAAAAGAAGAAACUAUUUUCAAGGUCAAUUGCAUUCUUACUUAGAUAAUCACUAAAAAAAAAUCACUAAAAAAAGAGGAAAAUUAAAUAGCAUUCACAAUGCGUUAAUGACAAAUAUUUGCCAUUUAAAAGUAAGGAAACACAUCAAUAGUCCAAUCAAGUUUUAAUCAAGUUUUACCUGUAACAAUAGUGAGUUUAUGCAACAGGAUGUUAGAGGGAAGAGGACAGCAAAACGUUUGUGUAACAAAUGUGACAGGGCUAUCACAUUAAUGUUUUGUCCUGAUCUUCACUUAACAUUACUGUGUUCUUGUUUUAUACAAACGUUUUGUGUAAAGGAAGGUGAAGUUUGGUGGAAAUUUUUCAAACAUACUUACUGUCACACAAGGUUUUGCUGUAUUCUUUCCUCUGCUAUACUUUUGUGUAAAUUCACUAUUACGAAUUGGUGCCUCUGCACCAAUAAAUUAUGGCAUUUUUAAGGCUGUUUGUGGGUUUUUUGUCCAUUGACAGCUUUGCACUGGGCAGUGAUGUCAAAUAAUCAUAAUGUCAUUAGAGCACUUUUAAGGGCUGGUGCCAGCAUGGAUGCGUUAAAUGCCGAGGUAUGGAAUCUUUUCAAUGUAUUAUUAUUGUUGUCAGUUUACUAGUCUAAGUGUAGUAAAAGUGUGGGUCAUGUUUCUUGCCACAAGAAGCAUAAAACAAAUUCAUUGUAUUUGCUCGAAAAGAUCACCACCCUUGAAUAAGUGGCACUCUUAGGAACCAAAAUUCCCUGUAUAAAUACUACAUUCUCCAUGCAGCAAUGCGACAAUUGUUGAUUUUUGACUCCGUUAAUGCUGAACUGUUAAUAUGGCUGAUAUUGUAAUUUUGAUACUGUUAUUUAACAAUGAAUGAGGCUGAGCAUCUUAUGAAGAAUUGUGGAGAUUGAGGAGGGUGUUAUCCGUCGAGGCUGUAGGCUGAGGCAGGUAACACCUUCCGAGAUCUCUAUAAUUCUUCUUAUGAUACAAAAGCCGAAUUUAAUAAUAUUGUUUUAUUAUUAAUUCAAAAUAAUUCCUAGGUUAAAAACAUAGCUAAAACAUGCUUACCUCCAUCGAUGUUAAGUUCAUCUUUGAUAGUGCACAUUUAGGGUUGUUCAGCUCUGCAAAUAUUCUCCAAAUAGCAGAUUUCGCCAUUCAAGUUGUCUUCUUGUUGUUCUUGCCAUGUUUUUAGCUACUAUUUCGCCUGGUUCUUACUCUUUAAACGAGUGAAAUGUCCGCCAUUUUGUUUUCACAACCAAAACAACUCAACCUUAUCCCCAGGUCUUCUCGGUUAAAGGUGCAUUAAACUGCAAGAAAGCUACACUUUUGACGUCAUUGGUUCAUUUAUCGCAAAAUUCUUCCAAAUUUGGUCAUCCGUAGCUGGUUAUGGUGAAUUAUGCAUGUGCUUUUAGCCAAUCAGAAUCGGGAAAGUAGUUUGGAUGAAUAAUAAGGUCAAUUAUUUGGAUCUGGAAAGGGACACCACCUUUAGAACUAACUUGUAUUAAAUUCAAAGGAUGGAAGAGGAAAGAAAUAUAUUUUUCUUAGUAUCAGAGUGAUAUGGGAAGUUUUAAAUAAGGUCCCCUCCUAAAUGGGCCCCGCCCAAAUUGGUGAUCUUGUUCAAAAUGUGUUUAUUUCAAUCCUUUGAUAUCAACUUUUCAUCUGUUAAUAGGGUCAGUCACCUUAUGAUCUGGCAAAACAAAAGAAAAGCAAAUGGAUUUUGAUGCAAAUGGACUUAAUGGCAAUGGAUAAAGGGAAAGGAAAACCAGUAUUUUUACAAGCAUUGACAAGAGAUAAGGUAGGACUUUAUAAAGGUGGAAGGGGGGGGGGGGGGGGGGGGAUAGGGGGGUUUGGUAAGGUGUAAGGAAGAUUUUGGGGUAGGAGAAUUUUUGGCAUUUUUCCAUUUUUUUUUUUUGGGGGGGGGGAUUAAUUUGCCAAGAUGUUUGAGUGCUGUCUUAAUCUUGGAAGUGGUUACAUCAAAUAUGGAAACAACCCUAGGAGGUGACAGGCCCGGGGCACGGAAGGGCUGAUAUUCCCCUUUAUUUUUAACAAGGAUCUGCGUUAGGAAAUUUCAAAAAUACCCCUAAUGCAAGCUGGAUCCCUUUUCGAUUUAUAGGAAUUAAGAGGCAAAGUAGAGAGGGAGGGAAGAAAGGGUGUAAGAUGGGAAGUUGGGUUGGGAGGGUGGGAGGGAGGGUGGGGAGGGGGGGGGGGGGGGGGGGGGGGGGGGGGGGGGGGGGGGGGUGGGGGGGUUUGGGGGUGGUGGUGUGGGUGGGGUGGUUGGGGGCUUUUGUUGUUUUUUUUUGUGUGUGGGGGGGGGGGGGGGGGGGGAGGGGAAUAAUAUGCCAAGAUGAUUGAGUGCUGUCAUAAUCUUGGAAGUGGUUACAUCAAAUAUGGAAACAACUCUAGGAGGUGCACUGCCUGGGGAACGGCAGGGCUGAUACUCCCCUUUAUCUAUAACAAGGAUCUGUGUUAGGAAAUUUCAAAAAUACCCCUAAUGCAACCUGGAGCUCUUUUUGAUUGGUGGGCAUUAAGAGGUACCAGUUCUAGAUCAACCAAUGAACUGGCCUUGACAGCAGGUCUUAAAGUCCAAUAAUUGAACUUAAGGAUGUACUGUCGGGUGAGCUGAAAAAUGAGGGGUUUUGUUUUAUAUUGUUAUAAAACAAAACCCCUCAUUUUCAGCUCAAUAUCCCACAUAGUCCCAAGCAACUCCAAAUUUUAGGCCCAAAAAGGGAUUACAUUCACUCCCACCAUUUUUUUAUGGUCAUUCCCCAAUCCAGGUGCACUGUUGCCAUGGUUUUAUAUUGAACUUCACAAUUGGAGGUCCAACAUUUUCUCUCAAUCUUUGCCCCAAGUAUAUAAGACAGCAAACUCCCCAAUUUUUACUCUGUCCUUACUUAGCUGUUUAUAUUAUUUUCAUGCUACAGAAACCCGGUAGCUUUGGCUGCGGCAGCCCACUGGGGUCAUAUAGUGCUAAUUUUUGGCUUUCUUUUUAGGUUGCUCAGCGUUAUGUUCAGAUAGGGCUGCCCUUCUUUGUACUAUUUGGUGUUGGAGCAAUCUUGGAGUUUUCAUCUUCUUGGGUUAUGUCACUACCUCUUCUAUGUGCCCUAGGAAUAAUAACUCAUUAUGGACUGAAGUAAGUUAUUAACCCUUUAAACCCUAAGAUCAAAAUUUGAAUUCUCAUUUGUUGCCCCUAUUCAUUUCCUACAGAAGAAGUGGGGAGAAGUUGAUAAAAUAUCAAGCAAAUUCAUCUUGUUUGAUCAUGUCUGUAAUUCUCAUGACCACUCUGUUUUACAAAGCAUUGAUAUUACAAGGAGAAAUUUGAUGCUGAUCACUCUUAGGGCUUAAAGGGUUAAAAUAAUGUAACAACAUUGUAUCUAUUCUAUUUAGAAAGAGUUUUAAAUUGAAAGGAAAAAAGCUUGUUAAAAGAAGAAUGUUGGAAAAUGAAACAGUUAAUUUCAGGUCAAUAAUGUAAUGCACAUCAUCACCACAGUGUAAACUAACAUCAGUCUUGGUCUAUGCAAUGUUUGCUUUGAUUUCCAAACCAUUUCUGCCAAAAUGCAUCAAGUUUUGAAAGCUCUGCAAUACUAUGAUGACAAAUCACGCUGAAACUGCAGCUAGUUUUCAAUACACUUUCAAUUUUUAUUGCAGGUUUGUGUAACUAAAAAAAUGUGUACAAAUAGGUCGUUAGUGGUCUUUUCAGUUGUAUACAUUUAUUCUUUAACCUACGUUCUUGGUCACCAACCAAAACUUUUGGGCAAAUUUUCUUCUGUUGUCCUAUGUAGAACUCUUGAUGUUUUAACUCUUCCGUUGUUGCUGUUUACAGAUUGUUCAUGUUAAACUUUUAUGAUAACAAUACCGCGGUCUUUGGCUGGACCCUUGCCACCAAAGCUUACCUUUACUACAACAUUUUCACUGUUCAUUUACAUUAUAUCCUUUCCAAUGUUACUGUUUUCUUGAAUUUUUUGAUCUGACUAGUAACUUAUUAAACUUAUAAUUAAUUUAUGCAUGUUUGCAGAUUUUUUCAAGGGGGCCAGCCCUCAAGCCUUAUUCCCUUAGGUGUAUAUUUAGCUACUAAAGUCUACAAAUAUUCAACUUGGUUUCUCUUUUUCUGGCCCUAUAUCCUUUAAGAAUUUAUUGAAUGGAUAAUCAUAAUUCAUGAUGUAGAUCAUUUUUAAAAUCUCUUUAUGCAAGAUUAAAAUAUCAGAUAUCUGCACACCGGUACCUGACUGGUUAAUUAAACACCAAUAACUAUUUUAUUAUUAUAACUUUUUUUAACCAACACUAACAACACCUUUCGUGAGAAAAAAGAGAAAGAGAAAAAAUUGAUCUUAAACCUUAAAAAUCCGUACUAACAUCAUAUUGUAUCAAUAUUUUUUCAUCUGAGGUGAUAUUUUAAGCAAUUGUGAGUAAGGGAAUGUCUCAGUUCUAACUCAUUUAAUUAUACAUUUAGAUAAUCAUCCUAACAAAUUUAAUAUAUCGGUAACAUGUCUCUGGACCAUAAACGCUGAAUGGAAAUUAAUCUGUUUUCCACAUUUAAUGCAAUAUAAUGUUAUGUACAAGCCUUCUUUUAACUGUGAAACUCUGAAAAAUUUUACACCAGCUUACACAGUUUCAGAUUUAAAUAUCUGCUUGGUCCCCAAUGCACAAGAUAUACCUCAAAAACUAAUCUCAUCAUCAGUUUGACUUUGUCAUUUUACUGCUGCACAUGAUGUCAGUCUAUAGGGUCAUUCAACAUUUUUCUCUGUGUUUUCUUUUUACUUAACUCUCUAUCUUUAUUUGCUGCUGUAUUAUGCUCCUUUGUUUUUUUGUUUUUUUUCAUGAUAACUGUUGCUUAACAAGUUACUGGUAAUUUCCUUAACCACUUCCCACAUGUAAAUACUCCAAUCAUCUUAGCAUCUUUCUUUAUAACCACUGUUGGCCUGUACUACUGUUUUUACAAGUCAUGGAAGGUAGAUCCUGGGUACCUUCACACAACAUCAGCUGAAAAACACAAGGUAAGACAUCUUUUGGUAUUCAACACAAUACACUGGUAUUCUGAGUUUAAAAAAAAGGUGCUAGCAGUAGUUCAAAAUAGUGUCAUAUUCUGGUCAUUCUCGUAAGUAUAGUUGGAUUUUACCAAAUGAAGAGUCAUUUAUUUUAAUGAGGUACAAUAAUUUAUUUUUAGUCCUAGUCUAAAUGCAUAGUUUAGUAAUAAUUACUAUAAUAUAUAAUAAUUAAUAAUCAAUUAUUGAUUAUUGUAGUAUUAUUGGUAAAACUAUUUCUUGUAUCCUAUCGUCAAGUACUGAUUUACAAGGCAAGCCUAGAAAGGAUUGCUUCCCUGCUACUUUAUGGGUUGGGACCAGGUUGUUCAAAGCUAGGGUUAAGGUAACUCAGGGUUAGUGCGAAAUUUGUUGUCAGAUAAUAUUAUUGUGAAAGCUUAAAAAGCAAAUUCAGUUCAAUCCUUCUUGUAUACAAUUUGAUGAUUGGGUGCUCUAAAGAGAAGAGCAGAGGAAAUUAUCCAAGAAUGUGCUUUUGAACAAAAGAAAAAGAAGCUGUGAGUAAAAUUUAACCCCUGGUUUGCACUAAUCUGCCUUUGAAUAACUGGGCCCUGGUUAUUUCCAUACAAUAAAUGUUGUUUUUAUUAUCUUUAAAAUUGAAUGAGGAUUCUCUAAUUAUUAAAAUUAUUUUGUGCCUGUUCAUUAAAAGUUCUUAUUUGCUUCAAUCUGUAACCACUUCAAUCGUUGACAAUGUAACUGUUCUGUUGUAAUUUCUCCCUGCAGACCAUUAUAGAACUUGUUGAAAAGAAUUCAUUUAACUUCAAUAAGUUUUGUUCAACUUGUCUUGUAAGUACAUGAUCUUUUUAAGAAAACCAUACUCCUUUGUUUUUAGUUGUUGUUGUUCAAAGGUUGCUUGUUGUUUUAUGGUUUCUUCAUUAUGAUAAUAAAUUUCUCCCACAGCUACUGAAACCCAUCAGGUCAAAGCAUUGUUCUGUUUGUGAUCGAUGUGUAGCCAAGUUUGAUCACCAUUGUCCAUGGGUAGAGAAUUGUGUAGGUGGGUAACAGUUUGUUUUUGCACCCUCAAAAUUAUUUUUAUUGUAUCUUCUGCCGGGAUGAUGUGAAUGGGGUGAUCACCAAGUGACGUAACAUAAUAGGUUGAUAACACACUGAAAAAUACUGGCGUUCUACCAUAGUAGCUAACCAACAAUAAAUACUACCUGGAUGACGGGUUUUGAAGGGGAGGGAAAAGGUGAAAUUAAGCUGCACAAGAAAGAAGGGAAGGGAAAGGAAGGGAAGUUUGGUAGUAUGCCUAUGAUUUACAAUCCCCUUUCUUGCAGUUAAGAUCGGAUCAUAUACCUUCAAUUCUCUAUUAAGCCCCUGGGGGGCUUAUUUAAUUUAGCAAAGACAGUGGUAUCAAUUCUCCAUAAAGAACUAGAAUACAUUUAUUGGAAAAUCUCAAGUACAAGAAGUUGGAGGUCAUGCAGCCGAGGAUCAAAAACAAAUCUUAACUUCCAGUUGGUGAAUAAACCAUCCCGGAUCAGUCCACACAAAGUUUUAUAGUCGUGGUUGAUUAAUACAGUCUGUCAUUUAUUAGUGAAGAAUAAUUAGGGGAGGGAAGGGGGGCAUAAAAGAGAGGGGGGACUUAUUAACUUUCUCCCCCUGAAAAAGGGGGCUUGUUAGCGAGGGGGGGUGCUUAACAUAGGAUUUACGGUACAUCAUGUAAAACAAUGGCAUCUUUGCACGAGCUCUCUUCCUUUUCUCUCACGCAGGUGCGCUUCAUGAACUCGCGUGCUGCCCCUUCCCUUGCAUUGCCCUUCGACGACAUCCCAUGCAGGCUAAUCAACAAUAUUUUUUACAAGAAGACUCUUGGCCAAAGGGCAUAAAUUUGUUUGUUUGUCUGUGUGUUUGUUUGUUUUUCAAGUAGGUCUUCGUUGAGUUUGUCUUAUUGGGCAAAAUGUGAAUGAUUGUUCUGACUAAGUUGCUCUAACAUCUUCAACCUGAUCAUCAGAUGAUCUGAAGAGAAGUCACUCACUCGAACGUCCGGGUAGUGGGGGGAGUUAAUUUAUUUUUCUAUUUUGUUGUUGUCACAGGUGUCGGAAAUCACGUGUACUUCUUUUGGUACUUGUUUUUCCUGUUUCUUAUGAUUCUCUGGUACAUCUAUGGCGGAACAGUCUGUAAGUCAACGCUUCUCUGUUUUUCAAAGGUUAACUUGUUUAUUUAGUAUUGAUAUUGACCUUAUAUUCGCUUGCCCUUGGAAUCCCUGAUCAUUUGCCUUUUUAGAAAUGAAAAGGGAAAUGGAGCCGAGAUGUGUCCCGCAAUUUUUCCUACGAUCGUUACUGGGGACGCGCCGGUCAGCUAUUGACCUACCGUAAAAUUCCGAGAAUAAGGCCUUCCAUGUAUAGGCCCCUCCAAAUAUAAGCCCCCCAAACUCGUAACGCAAAAAACCCUCCAUUAAAUCGCCCCUCCAAAUAUAAGCUCCCCGGGGGUUUGUACUUGGAAAUUGCCCUCAAAUUCUAAGGAAAACAAAGCAAAAACGGUAAAUUUCCUUCCAACUAUAAGGCUAGCCCAAUUGAUUUUGAAACGCAAAUUUCCCUCCAUAGAUAAGCCCCUCCGAACAUAAGCCCCUCCAAAAAUAAGCCCCUCAAAAAGGGCCCUUGAAAAAUAUAAGCCCCGGGACUUAUUUUCGGAAUUUUACGGUAUUUUUUUUUUUCCUGUCCUUAGUCACAAUCCCAGAAGUCUUUGCAAAAGUUAACUAGACCCAGUUUCCUUCUCUCUUUUUUAAAGUAGCGAGUGGGCUGUGAGCAAGUUUUCUAUUGAGAUACUCAUCUCUCACGCCUCGUUUCACCGGUAUCGGGUCGUUUCGCCCAAAGGUCGAUUCGCCCCAUGCUAGUUCGCCCAGACUAAGUCGAUUCGCUCGAUAUGUAUUUGUCGUUUUUUAAGCUUGAGAAAAAGGAAUAAGCGUGGCGAGACAGUGACUGCACAUGUGGAAUCCAAGGUUAACCAAUAGAACAUCUCGGAGUAGUAGGUUCACCGUGUUGUAGAGUGUUGUGUGUCAUCUGGCGAAUCGACUUAAGUCCUAGCAAACGCCUCCGUGCAAAUCGGCUUUCUGGCGAAACGACCGCAGUUCGUAUCACUAGCCUCUUAGGUUUGAUCCCUCUCUUUCUUCUUUACAGCAAGAAGCAAAACAACCUUCAUGUACUUGUGUCACAGCAUUUUCAUAGACCCCUUUAUAUGGCAUGAAUUGUGAAUAUCAUAUGUCUCACAAACCAGUCAGCAAAACGCACAGACCUGAAAAUGGUAUUUGUGACGUUCUAAUGACAUUUUAGUUUUCAUUUUUCAUAUCUGAUACUUCGAGUUCCUAUAUAGAAGGAGCAGAGCUCCCAUUUAUUACUUCCAAUAUUUUGAAUAUACACGUCUCAUGGCUUUAAAAAUGACAAGAAAACUGCCUGUCUUUGCUAUUUAUUAAAACCUUGUUGAGUACCACAUCCCCCGGACUACCAGUUAACCAGUUCGUGAAAACACGGUGCAUAACCCUAUAGAUCGUUUUCACAUGACGUCACGGCGGCCAUAUUUCUGUACAAAACAAUAGAUUGGCGGUCAUGUUUGUGUACAAAAAAAAUUCUGUGCAAUUGAACUCUUUUCACAUGUUAAAACUUUCUUUUAUUCCAAGCAAUUUGUAAAGCUGCUGACCACCCGAGUUAAAACGAUCUAUCGUGAAGUCUCUCGCUUUGGGUUUUGGGCUCAUGUCAAAGUCCAGCCUUCCCUGAGGAGAAUUAAAGUGAUGUCUUAGGUUUGGGCCCCGACUCUCCUCCCUCGUAACCUUCUAAUCUACUAACUUAUGUUAAUCUUUGUGUCAGAUUAUGUUAAAGCGUGCGGUCCGUACCAUGAAGGAGUGUGGAAUGCUGUUACUCAAAGUGUCUAUUGUGCACCUUGGGUAUCCUGGGGCUAUCUCAACGCCUUGUUUCAUGUGAUGUGGGUCGGUGCCCUCCUUUUCAGUCAAUGUUAUCAGGUAGGAAAUUCUCUGUGCUGUCCUCUGCGCAUUCUUUUGUGCUAUUCAGAGGAGCUCAUAUGCUAUCCAUGUUAUUGUUAGGAGGUAGCUUCUUCCAGGUUCCAAGAGAGCAGUGCAGUCGUACAGUAAAAAGUGGCGCGAAAAAUGCGCGGGAGCUUGGGAGACAGAAGGCCGUGCUAAUUUUUCCCGCCUCCGCCCCCUGGCCUUCCCCAGAUCGCGCGCUUAUUAUUUUCACUUGGCUUGUUUUAUUUUCACGGCGUCCCACUUUUUGAGAGCCUGGCAUAGGCUAGUUAGGAGGAGGCACCGUGGCCGAGUGGUUAGAGCGUGGGAAUUGCAACCCGGAGUCCCGGAGUUCAAGUCCCGCCCUGACCGCUAACUGGAUUUGUUCACGGUGGUCCCGAGUUCAUCUCCUCGGCCACGCUUGUAAAUAGCCAACUGGUUUGCCUCCGGCCAGUUGUUUUUUUUUGCCCUACUUAUGUUGAUUUUAGUUAUUUGUUUUUGUCCUUAUUUUUUUACUACAAUGUAAACUGUUGGUUUAGGCCCAGUUCAAACGUUUAACUUUUCAUGUAUCGAACUUAAAAUACCUAUUUGGGUCGACCCAACUGAUAUAAGCUUGACGGUUGAUUCAGAACCCGAACUUGAUUCAUCUAUCUUAAUUUGUUUUUACUAUGUACAAUGGUCUACAGUGUUUUACUUUAUCAGUGAAAACAAAUAACAGUAAUUCAUGCAUUGGGUUCGGCACUUGAAAAGUUCGACGGUUGAAACCAAGUCGCUCCUCAGUCGAAAUUCCCAUGCGGGCCACUCGAUCUUAAUUUAUGGGUCGACCCAAAUAAGAUAUUUUUGACUUAAUUGAUUCAAACGUCGAUGUUUUUAUGUACUUAAAGGGAUUAGGGUUCGGUACAUGAAAAGGAAGACGUUUGAACUGGACCUUAUCAGUAAUUGUGUAACCCUUAUAAAGUCAAUUUUUUGCCGUUGUUGAAAUAUUCAAAUUUUUUGCCAGAUAUUUUGGCUGGGAAUGACCACUAAUGAGCGCCUGAAUAUGACAAGAUACCAGCAUUUCAUGGACAAUCACGGAGUCGCACAAACCCCCUUCAGGUAAGUUUAACCUUGUUCCAGCGCAUACAAGGAAGAAAGGUGUUUUUGGUUAUGUUCGUACUAUUCCGGAUCGAUCUAUGUGCCAGAACAGAAAUGCAGAUAUGGGCCAAGUUGUUCAAAGCUGGGUUAAGAUAAGCCAGGGUUAGUGCGAGAUUUGAAUUCAGAUAUGAAAGUUAAAAAAUCAUCUCAGUUUAAAUUCUUUCUGUCGACAAGUUGAUUAUUAAAAGCUUUAAAAAUAACAGAGAAAAUUAUCCGAGAAAAAGCUUUUAAACCCAAGAAAAAGAAACCGGGGUUAAAUUCAACCUCGGGUUAAACGCUAAUCAGCCUUCGAACAACUGGGCCAUGGUAUGGUAUACCGUAUUUACUCGCACAAGCGCCGCCCCUAUUGAGCCCUACAUUUGGGACAAAAAUGCCGCGGCCCCGAUACAAUCAAAAUCUAAAGGCGAAAAUAAUUAUACUGUAGUUAAAACAAUUCUUGGUCGCGUCCAACUUUCAAAUAAACGCCACCCUCGAAUAAGCUCCGCAUUUGAGGUGUGAAAAAGUUGAUAAGCGCGUAUACGAGUUAAUACGGUACAUGCGUUAUUGAUCAAGCGCGAGGUCAAAAUGGCUGAAUAUUGGCCAAGUUCUUUUUUUCGUUUUUAUGGACGGAGAGGAAGUCGAGGUCGAUAAAAACUCAAAAAGGAACAUGUCCAAUAUCCAGCCACCUUAAUCGAACACGCUUGGUCAGUAAAGGAUUUAUUAAGUGACCAAAAAGAGAACUUUCUUCUUGCGGGACCAAUGCGGGAAAUCCUGAGCGGGCAAGAUAGGCCCACCUUGCCCGCUCGGGUAGCCAAUCAGAACACAGUAUUCGCUUCAUCUUGCCCGCUGGUGGAUUCAGCCAUAUAAUAAGCAGUCACUACGCCCAACGCCAUGCAACGCCCAAGGUUGUUCACACUACUGCUGCAUGGCAUUCGUUCGACGUUUUCGAUGGUAGCAUACGUAAUUUUCAUCCGGCCGGAUCCGGUUGCUUGUUCACGUUACACCCUGGAGCGAAAGAAAAAAGAUAUGGUAUAACUGAAGUAGAUCACUUUAACGAGCGUCAUGUCGCAGAGGCGUUCCAGAACAAGAAUUUUACGGAAACUAGGGCUUGCGGACAAGAGACAUAUCCUGUAUGGUUUUCGAGAUGUAACAGUUAUCUGGUGUGGUAUGAAUCCCGGGGAUACUGGAGGAAUUUUUUGUCGAGGGGGAUAUGCCGCUAGUAACCUUGAAAACUUAUCCUUCGAACUGGCCAAUCAAGUCGUUUAUAGACAAAAUCACGGCCACGAAACAAAGAUAGAUGUUUCGAGCAUUACAACUCUAUCUUUUAGAGAGAAACUGGAAUAAUCUUUAAGAAGUCGUGUUCGAGGUUUUCAAAAGGUUUCAUUGGUCCAACCAAGCUUUUUCCUUGACUUUCCUGUAUUUCUGCUGUGUUCUUUUACAGUUAUUUAACAAUUAUUCCUCGAGCCCGUAUGGGCUCUGAGUCAGUAGCCCAUGGGGCCAAAUGGGCUAUUGACUCAGAGGCCAUGAGGGCGAGAAGAAUAAUUGUUUUAGUAAAAUCCAACUAGUUGGUCAAAAAUAUCGAGACAAAACAACUUUAGCUAGCAAAACGCGAUUAAUCCGCCAUUGUUUUGGUUUUCAAAGCCGGCGCUUUUGGCUACUACUGGGCUAUAACAUAUAGCCUAGUAGUAGCUCAACCAAUCAAAACGCCGCAUUGAUAAUAGACCACUGGUUGGAUUUUACUAAAAACUGUCAUCGGAUUCUCGAUACUUCUUUUAAUUCUAAAAGCAGUUGGAAAGUGCUAAUCUACUAAGAAUAUCUCAGCUUUUAUUUUUAUUAACUUAUUUUGCAGUCGGGGUCUUCUUGGAAACAUUGCUGACUUUUUGAACGUGAACCUUUGCGGCCUGGCAAGGCCUUUCCACGUGGACUGGUACCAUCAGUAUGAUACUAACUUGACCAGAAGCCAUAAAACAGUAUGACAUCAAUAAAUAUAUCAUUCUGGAGCAUGCAUAGCAACUUGACAAGAAGCUGUAAAACAGCAUUAAUUCGAUAUAUAUCUUUUUGAAGCAUGCGUGAAUACUUGACAAGAAGCCACACGACAGUGUGAAAUCGACAUUCGUCACUGUGAAGUAUGCAUAGCAACUUGAGAAGAAGCUGUAAAACAGCAUUAGAUCGAUAUAUAUCGUUUUGAAACGUGCGUGAAUACUUUACAAGAAGCCACACGACAGUGUGAAACCGAUAUACGUCACUGUGAAGUAUGCAUAGCAAAUAGCAACUUGACAAGAAGCUAAAGGCAGUAUGACCCUAGAUGUGUUCCAUAGGAGCUCAUUCAGUAACCAUGCUGGCCCUCCCUGCCAGGGAAUCAGCACAGGCUCCUUCGUCUCCUCGCUGACAGUAUAAAUAAUCGUUUGCCGCGGGCGGGGAAUUGUCGUCUUAAACCGCUUCCGAAAUGAGUAUUAUAUUUAUUGGAGUUGAUCAUCCCGGCAUUUUCUACCAAAUCAUACAACAAUCCGUAUCGUUCUCUCCAUUAUAGCUUUUUAGUGUGUAAGUAUGCAAACAAUUUCUGAAAGGUAGAUGUUGCGCUUCCUGUUCAUGAUAUCAACUCACGUUCUGGUCGCAACCAUUAGCCUGAAUAUAAAAGCCCUGCUCCGCUACUAGGAGCCGCUGAAUGUGUUGAAUCGA